AUGGCUGGUGUGAAACGGCAGUCGUCUGAUCACAAGUCAAAAUGGCAGAAUCAGCAACUCAAAAGACAACCUAUUACGGGGAAGAAACCUCUUCCAGAACCAUCAACAAUACAGCAUGUAUUUAUUAUGAUAUGUAUGUAUAUAUGCCGCAGAAUAGUAUUAUUUGAACCUGAAAUUAAAAUUGCUGUUUACCUGGCAGCAUUAGUGUGCGGCUCACUGGUGUGUGACUUUGCUCCAAUUCCUAGAACAUAUUUUUCAAGGAAAAGCAACAUCUUUAAUUACUACUUCGUCAAAUGGGGCUGGGGUUGGACUUUGAUAUCUGUUGGCGCAUAUUUGGGAUUGUCGACUUACGUAUAUUGCUGUGGAAAUGUUGACAAAAUAAGAAAACAUUUUUAUCGAUUGCUUGUCGGUACUGCCAUGUGGUUUUGCUGGAUUAAUAUUUUUAAUUUGAUAGAGUCGUAUACUGCUGGUUGCAUGACCGAAAAAUACUUAUCUAAAUCUAAUUGUUUGCGCGCUGGUCACAUUUGGAAAGGAUUUGACAUAUCUGGACAUGCUUUUCUUUUAAUUUAUUGCAGUUUGUUCAUUACCGAAGAAGCAAAAUCUUACCAAGGCUGGGAAAGAAUUGGUGACUUGAUUAGAAAUGAAGAUUAUGAAGAAGAUAGCCCUCUAAAGUCCUUAUCUGAUAGUGAGAGAAAACAUUUACGAGCCAGUUAUGAAAAACUCACAAGAUAUGUCAGAAUAGCUUUCAUAUCAUUAACUUUGUUUUCUAUUCUGUGGGAUGUUAUGUUGGUGUCAACUAUAAUAUAUUUUCAUUCCAUGGUUCAGAAAGUUGUUGGUGGAAGUAUUGCUAUUCUUAUGUGGUAUGUUACGUAUAAAUGGUGGUAUUGUAAGGCUUCUUCACCUGGUUUACCUGGUGAAGGUUGCUUCAAGUAUUUUGAUCAACCAAUGAAAAGAAAUUAUACUUAGUUAUUUUCAUUUUAUGCUCUCAGAUAAACUCAUUAGUCCCAAAAUUUUUAAAACCCCAUAGAUUUUGGUUGUUUCACCUUGUUUUCUUGUUUUGUUAUUAUUAUUUGAAAUUUUUUAUACACUGUGCUGUAAUUUAAAUAAGAAUUUUAAAAGUUUGUUGGCAGCAAUGUAAUGGCUUUUACCUGCUGAUAUGAGCAAGGUAUAUAUUUAUCUCCAUAGAUUUGAAUUUAUUAAAAAAUUAC